GGUUGUUUUUAAGAACAUCAACGACAAAUAAGUAGGCGUCCAUGGAGGAGCCUGGGUCUAUAGAGGUUACUGUGAAAACUCUGGACUCUCAGAGCAGGACCUUUACUGUUCGGGGAGAGUGGACAGUAAAGCAGUUUAAGGAGCAUAUUGCUGCAUCGGUUGAGAUCCCGGUAGAUAAGCAAAGACUCAUAUACCAGGGCAGAGUGCUGCAGGAUGAACGGACACUCAGUGAAUACAAUGUUGAUGGAAAAGUUAUUCAUCUUGUCGAGCGAGCACCUCCUCAGACCACUCAGUCUGGAAACGGAGGAGGAGCAGCGCCCGGUUUGUCAGGAGGAGCAGAGGGACGAUCCGGUUCUUCUCACUUUUCGACCUCCACCUCUCAAGGAGCGCCUCACGACCGCAAUGGCAACAGCUACGUAAUGCUGGGCACCUUUAACCUCCCGGUAAACAUCAUGGACCCUCAGCAGAUACAGAUGUCUGUGCAGCAGAUGAUGGCAGGAGUUGGGGAGGCAGGGAGAAACACCAGAGUCAGCACCAGCACUGGGAGCAAUGGAUCUGUAGAUGUGCAUAUCAACUUGGACCAGCCAGUCCAAAGUGAACCAAGAAUACGGCUUCAACUGGCUGAAAAUUUGUUGCGAGAGACUCAGACUUUGAUUCGCAGACUAGAGGGUCAAGGAAGUGAAGCUCCAACACAGCCGGGUCCUGCAGCUCCACAGUCAGCCUCCACAUCCUCCUCAGCAGCACAACCAAUGGAUACUUCUCCACCUCCACCUUCUACCUCCUCUUCCUCUGCCUCCACACAAACAGAAGGUCCUCCUCACUCUGGACCAAAUCACCCGAGCCCGUUGGAACUGAUGGAGGUUUUCUCAGAGGUGCGAAGGGUGGAGGAGAGACUCAGGCCCUUCGUAGAAAGGACUCACUCCAUCCUCGGAGCAGCUGGUUCUGCUGAUUACAACAACAAUACACAAGAGCGUGAGGAAGACCAGCGCACUCUCAACGUAGUCGGCGAGUCCCUCCGCCUUCUAGGAAACACCUUGAUUGCGUUAAGUGACCUGCGGUGCAAUUUGGCUGCUCAGCCUCCCCGCCACCUACAUGUGGUUCGGUCAGUUUCUCACUACGCCUCUCCUGUUAUUCUGCAGAGUGGUCUACCACAUGUACCAAUACCGAUGAACAUCGGAACCACUGUCACCAUGUCUUCCAAUGGUAGACAGGCAGGCGAAGGUCAGCCUCAGACUUCUCAACCCUCUGGCCAAUCCGAGGACCAAGGUCAGGCACAGCAUCCACCCGGUCAAACCAGCGGAGCCAGUCAGCAGCACGGACAGGGGACUCCUCGGGUGAUCCGAAUUACCCACCAGACUGUGGAGCCUGUGGUCAUGAUGCAGAUGAAUCUGGAUGGAUCCACUCCACCUGUUUCCAUCCCUGGCUUGCCUCCCGAGUUCAUGCAGACCAUCGUGCACCAGAUUUCCCAGCAGGCGGCUGCUAUGGCCACCGCAGCCUCAGCUAGCCAGCACAGCCAGCAGACGGGAACUUCUGGCCCGAACAGAGAAGCCUCAGCUCCUCCUCCCCCUCCUCAAGCAAGAGUCGUCAUCACUCGGCCUUCCUUCACCCAGCACGUUCAUCAGCCCACUGGCGACAGAGCGACCGCCAAUAAUAUGCGGGGAUCCGUGCCGACCACGGGCAGCCAACAGCCUGGGCAGGCCCCCCCUAUGGCUAACUCUCCUCUCACUCAGAUGAUGAGUGGUUUGGUCGGGCAGCUGCUGAUGCCGAUGCACACAGGUGAUCAAGCAUCCACUUCCUCUUCAUCCCAUACGUUCUCUUUCUCUACCUCCUCGACUACCCAAUCCUCUUCAGCCAACACAUCUGGACAAACCGGCGCUCAAACUACCACUACAGCCUCCGCAGGCCAGUCACAGCAGGAGGCCACAGGAAGCACCAUACCACAGAUGCUGGGCUCUCUUUUUGGAGCUCCUGGAGUAGGCGGGAGUGUUUCCGGAGCCUCUCCUUCUAUAACUGUGACGCUGCCUGGUGUGCCUGCCUUCAUCCAGGGCAUGACUGAUUUUGUCCAGGCUAAUCAACCCGUGUUCCCUCCUCCCCCAAGCCAGCAGCCUCCCCCUGCCCCCUCUGCUCCACCCGCCCAGUCAGCGACUCCCCCGAACCCUUCUCAUCCUUCCGGCGGAGGAGGUGACACGCUGAGCCCAGAGCUUUUCACAGGCAUAGUGCAAGGUGUGCUGUCCACCAUGAUGGGCUCUCUAGGGGCUGGCCAGGGGAACAGCGAGAGCAUCGCCCAGUUCAUCCAGAGACUUUCUCAGACCACCAACCUCUUCACACCUGGAGCCGGAGAUGCAGUGGGUUUCUUUGGAGAUCUGAUGUCUCUGGUGUGUCAGAGCUUUUCCAUGGUAGACAUGGUGCUGUUGCUGCACGGGAACCCUCAGCCCCUGAGCCGAAUCCAGCCUGAACUGUCGUCCUUCUUCACUGAGCACUAUCUCCAGGGCCGAGAGCCCACAGACAGCAACAUUGCAACUGCUGCAGAAGAUCUCAUCAAUGGGCUUGAAGAGUAUAUUUCUGAAAGCUUUUCUACAGUCAGAGUGCGAGAGGGGGUGAACAUCAUCCAGACCAACAUGUCCUUCCUUAGACAACAGUUUACCUGCAUGGCAACACACAUACUGCGCUGUACAGAUCAUACUUUCGGUCCUCGCUUGCUGUUCCUCUGCACACAGGGUCUGUUUGAAUGUCUGGCUCUCAAUCUGUACUGUUUAAGAGGAGAGCAGCGGGCUCUUACAGCAGUUAUCAACCAUCGAAUUAGAAGGAUGUCCGCAGAGGUGAAUCCCAGCCUGGUGAACUGGCUGACCAGUAUGAUGUCCAUGCGACUGCAUGUGAUUCUGGACCACAACCCAGUUACAGAGGACCAGAUCCAGCGUUACGUCAUCUACACACAGCCUGAAUCUGAUGUGAGAGCGGAGUCGGAUACUCAGGCCGUCCAGGAGACAGAGAGCCAGAAUGUGGAGAUGUCUCCACCACCGGCCACCACGGCAGAGGAAGCCAUAGCGUCAGCUGAAGAGAGGACAGAUACCAGAGAGCCAGCAACAGAAAUCCACCCAUUUCACAGACCAGCAUCAGCAGAUACACGAGAACCUCUCGGCAUGAUGGCUAACGGCAGGGCGGAAGCUGGCGCAGAGGCAGAGCCAUGGGCAGCAGCCAUGCCACCUGAGUGGGUGCCCAUCAUUAGACAUGACAUGUUGUCCCAAAGGAAAAUUAAAGCUCAGCCUCCACUGUCUGAUGCCUAUCUUCAGGGAAUGCCAGCCAAGAGGAGAAAGACUGCUCAAGGUGAGGGACCACACCUUUCUCUAUCUGAGGCUGUGACUUGUGCAGCCCGAACUGUAGGAGCACGACCCGUCACUACUCCAGACAGCCUGCAGGAGGAGCUGGAGACCCCAGAGCUGCAGGGUGCCUACACACAACAGAUUAAAAGUGACUUGAAGAAAAGAGUUAAUGAAGAUCCAGACUACAGCUCGCAGCGAUUCCCCAACACGCACAAGGCUUUCUCCGAGGACUCCUAACCAUUUUAUUUUGCCAAUAAUUCAAACUGAAAUAAGCUGUUAGUUACUGUGGUGAUCCUGUAGUCCAGGCAGGGAAUAGAGCAGCUGGAUCCUUCUGGGGGAAAAAGGAUCGACUCGGACUGUGUUUACAUGGACGUUAUUAGCAUCCAUCCACAAACACACACACACCAGCAAUGCACAUGAUUUUGUGCUGAACGUCAUUAUAAAGAAUGAUUUUUCAAUGUUAAACAUUUAAUGUGAGCACCAUAACCUGAAUGUGUGCUGCUACUGUGUGAAUUAUGUGUAACUGCGGUUGCAUUUAGCUGCAGCAUCCAAAGCAACUUGACAGUUGAGGGUUAAGGGUCCUGUACAAUAACCCAGCAGUAGCAACCUGGUAAUGACUGGGCUAAAUCCAGCAAUCUUUUGAUUACUAGUUCAUUAUUUAAAUCCUGGAGCUACUAUUGGCCCCUGUCGUGUUUUUCUGUAAAAAUGGGCCAGCCUCAGUAUUUCUACAUCUCUUGGUUGACUAAUCAUGGAUAAAAACUGCAUAGAUUAUUUUUUAGAUUAUGUAUUUAAGUACAGAAUGAAUUGGAUUGGGACAGAGCCAGAGAUGCCGUUCUGUUGUUGUACUCGCAAGCUUUAACACACGCAUAGCACCUACGAGUCUGCUUGCCUCCUGCAGUGUAGCUUCAGGUUGCUUCUUUACCGCUGUGAAUUCCUAGAAAGAGCUUUAACACGCACAGAGAAUCAUGUUAGAUGCUCUUGCACCUCAAUCUGACUUUAGAUGCGCUGGUACAGUGGCAUGGAGGUGACUCCCAAUCCGGCAUUUUUUUCCUUAGACAGGGUCAAUUGUGUGUGGUGAGCUAGUGAUGGAUUGGGGACGUUUGGAUGGGCGUUGAUACCCGUGAUCUGUCAUCCUUGUGUCUUUGACAGGGUCAGUGACUGAACGUUCGUCUAUAAUUGUAUCGAAGUGCUUUCCUUUCACAAGUUCCCCUCUGAUGACGGACUGACAGGGCAUCGUUUAUAUGCAUAGCCGUGCGUUAACGUGUGCAGGCUGUCCAUUCCUCUUUAUACGUUUUUGAUGGAUGCUGAAAACGUCCUUGUGAAUGCAGCCUCACACUCGUCACUCAGUGUGCAAUAGCUUUUCAUUAUUUCAACACUUCACCUGGGACCUGAUUUCUCUUGUGAUGGGUUGGUGUCCUUCCUGCUGCAUCUGUCAUUCGGACUGUACAGUAGUUGUAUAUUGUUGUAACGGUUUUAUUGUGGCAAUAAUUGCAGCAGUAUCAUCAUGCACACUUAAAACAAACGUGUAAGGAUUUCAUUAGUCAUUACAGAUGAUGUCAGUUGUCAACAUACAGUCAGAAAAAAACAUCAAUGUCAUGGCAGUCCGGAUUUCUGCUACUGUUCUUAUUCUGUAAAUGAAUAAUUGAAACGUAUACCAUUUAUAUAAUUUGUUUAGUUGUUAAUUGUGAGUUUCUGUACAAAAGAAAGUUCUAAACUGUCACUUUAUGCUAAAUUACUUUUAUCCGGAUGACUUUACGUUGUCUGUGAUCAGCAACAAACUUCAGUUGAGCUUCAAGGAUCCAAAUAUGGACUGGAAGCCUUUUAGACACCUUUUACACAAUCCAAAUAAUAGUUUCGUAAUAACAGUUAGAGUAUGUGGGCGCUCGGGUGGCAAAAAGGUAAAGUAGGUUGAGCUUGGUGGUGCUAUCGGCCGGAAGGGCUGGCCAAAUCAGCCUAGGUGCACUUGUUAGUGCGCUCUCAGUGCUUGUCCUAAGCCCAGAUAAAAACUGGAGGGUUGCAUCAGUAGGGGAAUCUGUCGUAAAAACUGUGCCAAGUCUGGUAUGUGCCCAGAGCCACAGUAGCAACCCAUAUACGUAUAUGUAACCAACAGCUGCUGUAUGUUCAUUCUGACACAGCAAUUGUCAGAAAACUUUGUUCCAAAUAUUAGUUGCGGAAAACAAACUGCUGUGACAUGAUGUGCAAGUACAAAUAAAUGUAAACUUUUGACUUUAGCUGUAGAAGAACACAUCUGGCUUUGUAUGGCUAGGUGUUUCACUCACUGACCUGUAAGGGUCUGAGUAUAUUUAGUUUUCAGUAUACAAUUAUGCUGUAAGAUCCUGUAAAUCACUUGUGUAUUAUUAUUAUUUUACCUGCUAUUUACUUUCUUUUCAAAUGAUUAGUCCUAGCGCCCCUGUCAUACGUGACGGUCCUGCAAUAAAACACAACCCCAAAAGUCUGGUCCACUAA